UUAGCCGCCUGGCCUGGCCAUGCUCAGCCUUCUUUUGCUCUCAGCUGCUGCUCAUCCUGUUUGACUGCUUGCUCUCAUUCUCUCGCUUUCUCUCUCUCUCGCUCGCUCGUUCGUCCGUCCCAUCCAUCCCAUCCACAGCAGCGAGUGGCUCGAAUCUGCGAGUCACAUCAUCCACACACUCACACACGUGUGUAGGCGAGAAGCGAAAGGCGUCUUUGCAAACCGGAUUCUCGUCCGGCGCGGCAAUAAUAGGCCACUGUAAUUUAUUAUAAUAAUUUUUAUUCUGCUUCUGUGCGCGCUCACGUUGAUGUAAUUUUUUUGGUCGUGAGUCAUUGCGAACAAGCCGACUGCAACACCUGCGAAGGGAGGAUGACGCCGACCCCAGUGAAGGAGCAGCAGAAGCCCAAGGAGGCCAACGGCUGCCCCUACUCCCCCGCGGGGCAGCUCGCCGCGGGCAUCGCGAAGCUCACGACGGCGCCACAGACGACGACGACGCCGCCUCAGAACGGCGAGGCGGAGGUGGCGGGGGAGCGCGCUUGGAUCUCGCCGGCGCUGCCCAGUCGCUGCACCUGGUACCUGGGCACCAAGGACACGUCGCCUCACUUGCACGCCGCUCCAAAAGAACGUCCCAAAGUCUUGCCGAACAUUCUGUCAAACAUCGGGAACUCGCCCAUGGUUCGCAUCAACAACAUCGGCAAGACCUAUGGACUCAAGUGUGAAAUUUUGGCCAAAUGCGAGUUCUUCAACUCGGGCGGCAGCGUGAAGGACCGCAUCGCCCUGCGCAUGGUGGAGGACGCGGAGCGCGAUGGCCUCCUCCAGCCCGGGGACACCAUCAUCGAGCCCACGUCCGGCAACACCGGGAUCGGGCUGGCCCUGGCCGCUGCCGUCAAGGGCUACCGCUGCAUCAUCGUCAUGCCGGAGAAGAUGAGCGCCGAGAAGGUGGACGUGCUGCGUGCACUGGGAGCGGAGAUCGUCCGCACGCCAACGAGCGCGAGCUUCGACUCCCCCGAGUCUCACGUGGGCGUCGCCUGGAGACUCAAACACGAGAUCCCCAACGCCCACAUCCUGGACCAGUAUCGCAACCCCGGGAACCCACUCGCGCACUACGACAUCACUGCCGAGGAGAUCUUGGAGCAGUGCGAUGGCCGUGUGGAUAUGCUGAUUGCUGGCGCUGGGACUGGCGGCACCAUUUCUGGCCUUGCGCGGAAGUUAAAGGAGAAGUGCCCAAACUGCAAGAUCGUGGGCGUGGACCCAGAGGGGUCGAUCCUGGCCCUGCCCGACGAGCUGAACAGGACGGAGAAGACAGCGUACGAGGUGGAGGGCAUCGGAUACGACUUCGUUCCCACGGUCCUCGACAGAACGGUGGUGGACGUGUGGUACAAGAGCACGGACGAGACCUCCUUCCUCAUGGCGAGACGCCUCAUCCGUGAGGAGGGCCUGCUAUGCGGCGGGAGUUCGGGGUCGGCGAUGGCGGCGGCGGUGGAAGCUGCGAAGUCGCUGCGCGAAGGUCAACGCUGCGUCGUCCUCCUGCCAGACUCGAUCCGCAACUACAUGUCCAAGUUUCUCAGCGACCAUUGGAUGGCGCAGAAGGGAUUCCUCCCUGAAGAAGACUACCUGGUGAACAAGCCUUGGUGGUGGGACAUGAAGGUUCAAGAUUUGUGUCUCUCCGCGCCGCUCACCGUCCUGCCGACGGUCAGCUGCCAGGAGACGAUGACGCUCUUGCGCGAGAAGGGAUACGACCAGGUGCCCGUGGUGAACAGCGCAGGGCUGGUGCUGGGCAUGGUGACUCUUGGUAACAUGCUGUCCUGCACGCUCGCUGGCAAGGUCAAACCUUCCGACCCCGUCUCCAAGAUUCUCUACAAGCAAUUCAAGCAGAUCACGCUGAAGGACAACCUGGGCAAGCUGUCGCGCAUCCUGGAGACGGAUCACUUUGCGCUGGUGGUUCACGACCAGAUUCAGUAUCAUGGCCAGGGCCACUCGCAGAAGCAGAACAUGGUGUUCGGGAUCGUGACGGCCAUCGACCUGCUCAACUACGUGACGACGCGCGAGAAGGAGACCCAGGUCAUCGGAGUCUGAGCCGCGACAGGGUCCCCAGGCCACGACUCGCUCGGCCGCCCGCCCGCCGUGUGACGUGCGCUGCCUGUGCGUCGCUACCGUCUGUGCGUGUCUGGUGGUAUUAUUGCCGCUGCGUCCGUGUGUGUCCGUGAGUGUGUCCGUGUGUGUCUCUCUGCGUCCGUGUUCAUCUGUGUUGUGUCGUCCGGUAGUGCUGUGUGUGUGUGUGUCUGGAGGUAUUAUUGCCAGUGUGUUUGUGUGUUCGUCUGGUAGCAUUAUACUGUCUCUGUGUCUGGUGGCAUUAUACUGUGUCUGUUGUGUCUGGUGGCAAUGUGCUGCGUGUGUCUCCGUCUCAGAAAAUGGUUAAUUGUGUUCGUGUGUGCACAUUUGUGAGAUGAUGAGAGGAGUAGCAGCAUCGUGGUUGGCACACUGCACUCAAUUUCUGGUGACCAGAGUUAAAUUCCCAGCCGUGGCUGACGACCUCGGUGGAGUGUUUUAUCUCAACUGGUCCUGGGCCCCUCCCCAAAGUCAACUCGGCCCCAAAUGAGCGCCCGAGUUAUGGUGCGCGUGCGUGAACAUCGCCAAAGUGGCCAGGCACGGUACUGCUGGCCACACACUACCUGCUUGUGUGCCGUGCCGGCCUUUUAAUAGCCGCUCGCCAACGGAAAUUUUACCCACGUGGUUUGUAAGGCUCCGCGGGGAGGAGGGGGGGGGGAUCUAAGUAACGUGUGCGUGCGUGUAGUUGCGUGUUGCGUUCCUGACGCCUGGUGUUGUUGAAGUUUGUUCACGAAUCGUUUUUUCCUAAACGCCGAUCGGAGUGUUGUGACGCUUGUCAAGCGGUUCGCGUGCAAGUUGCCAGCGGCGUUGUCACUUUAUCAGCGACUCGCUCGGAAAUGUUUGGCGAGUGGAAACAUCUUCUGGCGAUGGCUUUUCGCAGUCCCCCUCCGUGUUGUGGCAGGUAUGGUAAAAGCGAUGUUUUUUUUUGAGAGAGAGAACGUACGUUUACGAAGUUUAAACUUGCCGCUAGUCUCGGCGUGCCUCCUCGCAUCUCCUCUGUAACUUAUGGAGCAACGUGUUCACGGAGUUGCUCUCCAUCAAACCACAUUUUGAUUUAUUCGAUUGCCAAAGCCUUGUUUUCCGUGCUAAUCAAUGUCUUCUUCAAACCGGUAGACGACGGAUGUGUCGGGUCAAAUUCCCUGUUAAACAGUACGAUGGCAUAAAAAAAAUGAGACUGUGAUUUUUUUAUAAUUAUUAGAUUUUAGGUUUCCGACUUUUAAGGUAUUGAGUAGCCACUGCAGGUAUAUGGGUGGGAAGAGUCGGCGCUGACAUUAGUGGGUGGUACACAACUGCUGAAUUUGGCCAGUGGUGGCGGAGUGAUUGUGCGUGCCUCGGCAGACACUUGCAACCAACUCGCCCUCCACGCAAAUACACAAUCUCACGUCUGCUUGCUUUGGCGAGCAAGCGGUAAAGGCCCUCCGGAUUAUGUAUUCAAAUCGGUUCCGUAAUACGAUUUUCGAUUUUUUUAUUUUUUGACCAGCUCCGGUCUCAACGCCAGCAGCGCCGGGCAAUCCCGCAUUGAUAUUCGUGCCAGGCCGAUCUGCCUGGCACACGGUGGGGCUCGUGUGCACGUGUGUGUGGCCGAGCAUCGGGCCAGCCUCGGGAGAUGGAGAUGCAUGUGAGCACUGUGCUGACUGCGACGUCCGUCUCUCUCCGUGUGUUCGCGUAUCCGAACUUCCUGCGCACCGCGCGCGGCCGACCGUGCCGAUCGGACGGACGACAAACCAAACGCAAAGAAAGCAGCAGUUGGAAGGAAAUGAGUUUGCAAUCUGGAUUUUAAAAGUGCGUAGCCUCCGGUGGUAAUCUCCCUGAGACAUCGGGGGUUGUAGGGCACGCUGCGGGCUGUGCAUGUGGAGUCGUGCUACUGGGGAUUUUUAUGGCAUUGAUGAUGAAAUGUUUACUCUUGAAACGACCGUACAUUUACCGUAGUGCUUUCUUGCGUUCGAGCUGGACCAUCUGUCCAUUGUGUGUAAGCAAAGUGUGUGGCCAAUAGGUUAGUGCCUCGAAUUGUUUCGUCGUUUUUCAAUGUGAGAUCGGAAUAAGUGAAGUUUUUCCAGUAAUUCAGUUGAAGGUUUUUUUUUUGUUCAAGCUAAUAACUGCACAGAAUAAGUCUCUUAAUUUAAUUGUUAUUUUCUUUUAGUCUUCCCGGACAUCUGUAUUGCAAUUUUAAAUAAAGGAUUUGUUGGUGGUAGCGAUGA